UGAGAGAGCGAGCAUCAAGCGAUUCUCUUUCAGCUUUGGAUUGGAUCUCUUGAUUUGUAAUUUAUCUUCUUUUGGUGCCUUUGACUGUGCUUUAAAGUGACAGCCGUUUCAGUAGUCACAGCUUUGCUAUUCGCCAGACCAAUGUGUGGGUUUCAGGCAUAUAUACUCCACUCUCUGCUCUCCAAUCAGCAGUGAGAAAGAUGAUGAGAUCUCCUUCUUGCAGUUUGGCGGAGAGAUUCAUUUCUUGAUGGGUCUCUUCUCGGAUGAGGUUGGAGUAGGUAUGUACUGAUUCCCAGUCUCACCCUUAAUGAUGAAACCUCUAUCAAAAAAGAGAUGGUGCUCAAUAGUGCCCCGUCCUUUGCAAAGCAAAUCAGCCACCCAUUGUUGCAUUUUCCCAAAAGUGAAAUCAAUAGACUCUGAUCAUGGUGGUGCACCUGUAUAUCUCAAUGUCUAUGACUUGACACCUGCCAAUGGUUAUUUCUAUUGGGCAGGCCUUGGUGUAUUCCACACUGGUAUAGAAGUCCAUGGGGUAGAAUAUGCUUUUGGAGCCCAUGAUUAUCCAACAAGUGGCGUCUUUGAGGUUGAACCUCGGCAAUGCCCUGGCUUCAAGUUUAGGAAGUCAAUAUUCAUGGGAACAACAUACUUGGACCCUGUACAGGUUAGAGAUUUCAUGGAGCAUCAGUCCUUAAAUUACAGUGGUGAUACAUAUCAUUUGGUUGUGAAGAACUGCAACCAUUUCUGUGAGGAUAUAUGUUACAAGCUGACUGGUAAAAGGAUCCCAAAGUGGGUAAACCGACUAGCAAGAAUAGGUUCACUCUGCAACUGCAUACUCCCUGGGGCUCUCAAAACUACUUCUGUCAGCAACGACCCGAAUUUCCAAGGGUAUGACAGUGAAAAGAAGAGACUGAGAAGCUCAUUCAGUUGCUUUUCAUCGAUUUCGAUGCACCAGAGGGAGAAGGAGGUAUCAAUAUCCUCAUUGUUUCUACACUCCCAUUAUAAAGGCUGCCUACCACCAUGGGAGUUGAAAAAAUCAAGAAACGGCUCCUUCAAGGAAGGUUGAGAGAACUAUAAUCUAAAUUUUGUUCAAGUAUCACAGGUCAGACUGUAAUAUAGCCCUCAUGACCGAGGUGAUCUCGCCUUUGUCCAUCAGCAUCUAGGAAUUUAAAAUCUGCAGAAAUUUGUCGUGUCGCACAACAGCAGAGAAGCUUGUUUUAUGUUCCCCCUCUUUUUGCUACCCCUUAGUUGCAGAAUGAAGCUUUGUUGUUCCCUGUAGGAUUGAAUGAUGGUGUGCAGAAUCAUAGGCAGAAGAAGAAUUCAGAUAGGUUGCUGUAUUGUACUUGAAACAAACGCAGAUGAACUGUUUAUUCAUUUGCUACUUCAAUUGCUUUUGGGAAAAUAGAUUUUGGCUUCAUGCCAGCAGAUUUAUCUUUGAAUCUCUCAAGUUCAUGGAUUGUUUGUGGCUUGUACUGGUAAAAGUUGCUCCAUGACUUUCAAUUCA